UCUAGUGUGUGUGCAGACAUGGAGUCCAGCAACAAACCAACGGAAAUCAGCAGCGCUAAGAUGUUCGGUGGAUUCAACAGGAGAUACAAACACUACAGUCAAACGCUGGGUUGCGCAAUGACCUUCUACAUCUACUUCCCUCCUUCUUCUCCCGCUUCCCACAAAUUCCCUGUAAUUUACUGGCUUUCUGGCCUUACAUGCACGGAUGAGAAUUUUAUAGUCAAAUCCGGUGCUCAGCGAGUUGCUUCAGCUGAGGGUGUUGCUCUGAUUGCCCCUGAUACUUCUCCAAGAGGCUUGAAUGUCGAAGGAGAGUCAGACAGCUGGGACUUUGGCGUAGGUGCUGGGUUUUAUCUCAAUGCAACACAAGAGAAGUGGAAGAACUGGCAGAUGUAUGACUAUAUCGUCAAGGAAUUGCCAGCACUUCUUCGGGAGAACUUUCCACAGCUCGAUACAGCCCGGGCAUCUAUAUUUGGCCAUUCAAUGGGCGGACAUGGUGCGCUUACUAUUUACCUAAAGAAUCUGGACAAAUACAAGUCGGUGUCGGCUUUUUCACCUAUUGUGAAUCCUGUAAAUUGUCCUUGGGGCCAGAAAGCUUUCACAAACUACUUGGGAGAAAAUAAAACUUCCUGGGAGGAAUACGAUGCCACAUGUCUCAUAUCCAAGUUCAAUAACGUUUCCGCAACUAUCCUAAUCGAUCAGGGAGACGAUGACAAAUUCUUGAAGGAACAACUCCAACCACACAAGUUUGCGGAGGCGUGUCAGAAGGCUAAUGUUCCUCUACUGCUGCGAAUGCAGCCUGGUUACGACCACUCCUACUAUUUCAUUGCUACUUUCAUAGAUGAUCAUAUCCGCCACCACGCUCAGGCCCUUAACCUAUAAUAUGAUCGUCUCUCCCUGCGUAAUUUUUGGAAAAAACAAAAAAAGACGGUGUCCGUAUCUCUACCAAGUGUCCUAGAAUUUGUAUAUUGCAUGAAGAUUACUUGUGACUGUGUUCUGGUGCUCCACACUUGUUUUUAAGACAUCUCUGUUCUGGUUUUACCAUGGUGAUGACUCCAUAUACGGUGUUGUUCAAAA